CAGGCUGCGGGAGCCAUGCGGCGGGCAAGGAGCUCCGCGGCCGCCGCUCCGCGCGGGCAGAAACGGUCGGGCCCCUCCAGCGGGCCCGGAGCCGCCGCCGCCUCGACCUCCAACGACCACCGCCCACGGCGCUCCGCGAGCCAGGGCAGCAGCGGCAAGAGCCAGGCGGCCAAGAAGCAGCCGUCGGCGAGGCGGGGGCCGAGGCGCUCUCCGCCGCGGGCCCAGGAGGCGGGCCCCGAGCAGCAGCCGGCCGAACCGGCGCUGCCGCUGUCGUCGUCGCCGUCGCCGCCCCCGACCCCGGCGACCCAGACGUCCUCGGUGUCCACGCUGGACCUGGGCGAGCAGCGGGAGCGCUGGGAGACGUUCCAGAAGCGGCAGCGGCUGAGCUUCGAGGGCGCCGCCAAGCUCCUGCUGGACACCUUCGAAUACCAGGGCCUGGUGAAGCACACGGGAGGUUGCCACUGUGGAGCCGUCCGUUUUGAAGUUUGGGCCUCGGCGGACCUGCACAUCUUUGACUGCAACUGCAGCAUAUGCAAGAAGAAGCAGAAUAGACACUUCAUCGUGCCAGCGUCUCGCUUCAAGCUCCUGAAGGGAGCCGACAGCCUGACUACAUACACGUUCAACACGCACAAAGCCCAGCACACUUUCUGCAAAAAGUGCGGUGUCCAGAGCUUCUACACGCCCCGCUCCAACCCCGGGGGUUUCGGCAUCGCCCCACACUGCCUGGACGAGGGAACCGUGCGGAGCGUGGUCACGGAGAACUUCAACGGCAGUGACUGGGAAAAGGCUAUGAAGGAGCACAAGACCAUCAAGAACAUGUCCAAGGAGUGAAGCGCCCCUCGGCCUCCCCGGGCCAGUGCCGCGCUGGGCCGGCCGGGCCCUAUGGCCAACCCCGGGCCACUGGCUCCCGCGCCAGGCUCCGGCCCCAGGCACUAGUUUCUUAGGCAGCUCUUUCCCUUCCUCAGUGUGGAUUUUGACGUAGGCUAGUUGCCAUUCUUUCCCUGCCCCUCUCCAUCUCC